AUGGCCCGAGUCUUUCUGGAUCAAAACAAGAACGUAAAAGCCGAAGAAAUGAUCCGAAAAGCUCUGCAUAUCAUUCGAGAAAUUCUGCGGCAUAGCUUUUCUGAUUUGACGGAUCUGCACAAACCUCUAUUGCAAUCAUUGGAAGAUGGACUGGCAAUGAAGGAGCAAGGUGAUUCGGAAAAGGCGCUGCAACUCUUCGAACAGGCGCUGGGUAUUUACAAGGACCAGUGCUCAUUUUUCUACGUGGUAGAAAUGAAAAUGGUUUUCUGGAAGAUGGCAUUGAUGCGAGUGUUGAAGCCCUCAAGAUUCGUCGAAGAACACUUGGUGACGACCAUAUUGACACGAAGGGGCGUAUGGAAGCGCACAGGCCUUUGUAGAAUCGGAGCUAACGGCGGCUUCCUUGAUAAUACCGUACAGUCCGCAAAUUGA